UGUGCAUAUGUGUGCGUGUGAGCCUAAACUACUUUGUUAUGGAAACAUUGAAGUAGGAGAUAAGAACAUCCUGACUUGUGAAAUAGAGCAGUGGGCGUGAUUUUGGUUUUCCGCUGAGUUUGACCAUCGGAUGAAGAGAAUAUAAGGUGAGAUGUGGUCAUUUACACACCACUCCAGUCAAAAACGUAAUUCAUUGACUCAGGUAAGCACAUGAUAUUAUUCUGUUUUCUAUUGAAUCUUAUUUUUGGUUUGCAUUGGAUGUUCCUUUUUGCCCUUUAACUGGUGGUUCAGCCAAAAAUGAAUAUUCUGUCAUUAUUUACUUACCCUUUUGUUCAUCUUUUUGGCAUCUAACAAAAAAUUACCAGAGCAUCCACUUUUUUCAUUUUUUUUUUUCAUACAAUGACAGUAAAUGGUGAUCACAUGUGUUCUUGGUCCUCAUCCACUUUCACUGUAUAUGGAAAAAUAAGCUUAGACAUUCUGUUAAAUAGAUUUGGAGCAUGAUGGUUAUAAGGGAAUGGUUCAGAAUCUUAAUUUCUGAGUGAAAUACAUUUAUACCCCAAAAUGGAUAUUUAACUACUAAAAAGACUAACCUGUCAAUUACUUUUUUGUUUUCUAGACACUUAACUAUCCCACUCCAGAAAUCAUGGAAUCUGCCAUAAACGUGCUCGUCUCCCAGUUCAAGACUUACGCUGCGAAAGAUGGCUCUGCGAACACUCUGAGCAAAGAAGAGUUUCAGAGCCUGGUCACUUCCCAGCUACCAAACUUUGUAAAGAACCUUAAAACCAACUCAAAAUGGUUCUUAAUAAGAAGAGGCGUGUCUGCUGACUCUCAGAAUGCCUCUGACCCAGCCACCAUUGAUCAGCUCAUGAAGUCAUUGGACGAGAAUAACGACGGAGAGCUGACGUUCCUGGAGUUCUGGAAGCUGAUUGGCAGCGUGGCGAACCAACAUGGCGGCUUUAGCCAAUAAAGAAACCUGAAGUAUUAGUCAACUUGAAGAAAAUCACUUUAAUUUUACCUUGUGACUUUCUUAUGUGAUUAUAACAUUCCACAGUUAAUGAUUGUCCAAAGCAGGUGAAUGCAAAUAAAAGAAAGAGUUGUUUUAUUCUUUAGGUAA